AUUUAGCGGCAUCAAAGUAUGGGAUGCGGGGCACGCAGCAGCAGGCCGAGAUCGCAAGCUUGAUCGCCGAGUGCAGCCGCGCGCUCGAGGCAGACCCCUCGUGCCUCAAGACGCAUGCCAUCCGGGGUCAUGCGUGCCUCAAGGCCAAGCGCUGGGCCAUGGCCGUCGACGACUUUAGCGCGAUCCCGACGUCCGCGGCGACGAUGUCCAUGGUCGCUUCAGUCGAGGCAUGGCGCUCUUCCAAUGUGGCCUCAUCGAACGCGCGCAUGCGGACUUUUCGACCGUCUUGAGCAUCAACCCGACCCACGUCAUGGCCCGCUACGCCCGCGCGGGGUGCUACAACACGGAGGGCGAAUUCCAGCGUGCGAUCCAAGACUACACAAUUGCGCUCGAGUGCGACGGCCACGACAAGAGCAUGCUCGAGCGUGGCGGCGGUCGGCUCUACCUGCACGAGACGGCCGAGAAGGUCAUCAACGACAAGCUCAACCGCAGCUACCACCGAUCGACGCCCCGCGACGCACUGUCGUCGCCGCUUCGAAAGCGCCAUAGCUCCCCGUCGGUCCGGUCGCCCAUAAAGCCGCCAUUGGCGCGCACCGCAUCCGUCGACGUCGCGCGCGUCACGGUCGACCUCUCGGCCCUCUGCGCCAAGAAGCCGCUCAUCAAGAAGGUCACCGUGACGUUAUAACACGCUCCACCGUUGCUCCUCGA